AAAAAAAAAAAAACUGCUUUACAAUGGCCGAAGCCAAGAAGCCCGAAAACAGCACGGUCCCCAAGAGACCUAUGCAUCAUCGACGCAACUUCACAGGUCUGACUCCCAAGGAACUUGAUGCCGAAAGAGCAAAAUGGCCCAAAGAGACUGUCCAGCUUUGGGAAAAGUUGAGCAAGAAGGAGGCUAAUGACAUUGAGACGAUCCAAAAGAGCAUCGUCCAUCAUGUCACUACAACGUUGGCCCGUGCAGCAUACAAUAUGGACAAUUUUACCGCCUACCAGGCUGUUGCUCUCAGCGCCCGCGACCGUCUUAUUAGUCGCUGGAAUGAAACACAAGGACAAUUGUCAAAGGUCAAUCCCAAGCGUGUUUACUACCUUUCGCUCGAAUUCUUGCUCGGCCGUUCUAUGGACAAUGCUCUCCUUAACAUGGGCUUGAAGGAAACUUAUGGAAAGGGUAUCGAACAGCUCGGCUUCCAUAUGGAAGAUGUGAUCGAGUCUGAGGUUGAUGCUGCGCUCGGAAAUGGUGGUCUUGGUCGCCUUGCUGCUUGUUUCAUGGACUCGCUGGCUACACUUGAUUAUCCUGCCUGGGGCUAUGGCCUUCGCUACAACUAUGGCAUCUUCCAGCAGAGAAUUGUGGAUGGCUACCAGACUGAGUAUCCAGAUUACUGGCUGAACUUUGACAAUCCUUGGGAGUUGCCCCGCCUUGAUAUUUCGAUCCAGAUCGGUUUCGGCGGACAUGUUCAGACUACUCAGGAUGAGUAUGGUCAAACUCGCCACAACUGGAUCCCUGGAACGAACGUCCAGGCCAUCGCCUACGAUGUACCGAUCCCUGGAUAUCAUACUGAGAAUUGUAACAAUAUUCGUCUCUGGCGCAGCAAGCCUACUAAGGUCUUUGACUUGACCAGCUUCAACGAGGGUAACUACGAAAAAUCGGUUGAGGAUGCCACCAAUGCAGAGAAAAUCACAAGCGUCCUUUACCCCAAUGAUAAUACCAUGGCUGGAAAAGAACUUCGUCUCAAGCAGCAAUACUUCUGGACGGCCGCUUCUCUUCAUGAUAUUGUCCGUCGUUUCAAGAAGUCGAUGCGUGAGUGGUCGGAUUUCCCUGACCAGGUGGCCAUCCAACUAAACGACACUCAUCCUACUCUGGCCAUUGUUGAGCUUCAGCGUCUCUUGGUAGAUGAAGAGAUGUUGAAUUGGGACGAUGCAUGGGAUAUUGUAACGAAGACAUUUGCCUUCACUAACCAUACGGUCCUUCCCGAGGCUAUGGAGAAGUGGUCUGUCCCAAUGUUUGAGUAUCUUCUGCCCAGACACCUCCAGAUCAUUUUCGAUAUCAACUUGUUCUUCCUGCAAAAGGUCGAAAAGAAGUUUCCCAAUGACCGUGGUCUCUUAAAUCGAAUGUCGAUCAUUGAGGAAGCUCAGCCUCAGCAGAUCCGCAUGGCGCACUUGGCUGUUGUCGGUUCUCAUAAAGUCAACGGAGUCGCUGCUCUCCAUUCCAACCUUAUCAAGACAACCAUCUUUAAAGAUUUCGUAACUUACUAUGGUGAAGACAAGUUUGUUAACAAGACCAACGGUAUUACCCCUAGACGUUGGUUACACCAGGCCAACCCCAACCUUAGUGCCCUCAUUACUAAGACACUUGGUAGUGAUAAGUGGCUAAAGGAACUCUCCCUGCUUAAGGGUCUCAACUCCAAGGCUGAUGAUCCGGAGUUUAGAAAGAAGUGGAUGGAGAUUAAACGUAGCAACAAGGUUCGUCUUGCUGAGCUUAUCAAGUCUCGCUGUGAUUUUGAGGUCAGUCCUGAUGCUCUAUUUGAUGUUCAAGUCAAGCGUAUCCACGAGUAUAAGCGUCAGUUCAUGAAUAUCCUGUACGUGAUCCACCGCUACCGCACCAUCAAGUCAUUGAGCCCUGCUCAAAAGGCCAGUGUUCAGCCUCGUGUAGUCAUCUUUGGCGGAAAGGCUGCACCUGGAUACUACAUCGCUAAAUUGGUUAUUAAGCUUAUCAAUAGCGUUGCUUCUGUCGUGAACCAGGAUCCUGCUGUUGGUGAUCUACUAAAGGUUGUGUUUAUCCCUGAUUAUAAUGUCUCGGUUGCUGAAGUCAUUGUCCCUGCCAGCGAUAUCUCUCAGCACAUUUCGACUGCUGGUACUGAGGCCUCAGGUACUUCCAACAUGAAGUUUGUACUGAACGGAGGUCUCAUCAUUGGAACCCUUGAUGGAGCCAACAUUGAAAUCUUGGAGGAAAUUGGUGAAGAUAACAUCUUCAUUUUCGGUUGCAUGGCUCAUGAAGUGGAGGAUCUUCGUCACGCUCAGAGAUAUCGUGGAGUACCCAUGGACCCUGCUCUACAGGGUGUCAUUUCCGCAAUUGAGAGAGGAACGUUCGAUGAUCCAAAGAUCUUCCAACCCUUAAUCAGCACAUUGACAGUUGGUAAAGACUUUUACUUGAUUUCAGCAGACUUUGCCUCGUAUAUCGCAGCAAACCAGCAGGUCGAUGCAGCUUACAAGGACCAAGAGGAGUGGGCCAAGAAGUCUAUUAGAUGCACGGCCAAUAUGGGCAAGUUCUCAUCGGACCGCUCGAUCAAGGAGUAUGCUGAUGAAAUUUGGAGCAUUAAGCCUCACAAGGUUGUUGACGAAGGAUACCUUUGAAGGAGAAAAAAUAUGGAGGAUACUCAAAGAGUUAUUAUACUUUAGUGCUAUAGGAUAACAAAUGUUGUAGCAUGCGACGUACACUCCUUUUUCUGUAUCCAAUUUUUUUACAUUUAUUGAAUAAAAAGAAAAAAAAGCUCCAUUCCUAA